GCUUCAUUAGGUUGGGAUAGAACGUCGUAGUUUUACUUUUAUGCUGAAUAUGUGAUAACGUUGUACUUAGUACCUUAGUAACUACAAUUUUGCCAGAAGCCUAAUUAAAGGUAAAAAAUGCAUCUCACCGAAGAGGAUGAAAACAACAUACAGAUAAUAAACGAGUUCAAAGUGACAUGGUUUACUUUAUUAUCUCGUGUUGACGCUGCUCCAACGGUGGACGAAAUUGUCCUAACAUCAUUGAAUCAUGUAGCAAAUCUGAUUAUGUGCCGGAGAAGUGGGAACCCAUCGAAAAGUAUUGUUUUUGACAUGGCUCUCAAUUUAUGUGUGUUCGAAACCUUAUUUCAGUGGAACUUUGUGUUUACUGGGGCUGAUCUUGAAGCCUACAAAGUAAGGGAGCUCCAGUUUUACGAUUCUCUUAUCGGGAGCAACGGAGACUACUAUUUAUCUCAUGAAGCUUUUGUGAUACCAUUUAUGGCAACAAUGCAUCAUUGCUCAUUACGUUCAUGUCUACUUGUUGAACGUGCACUUGUACGUUUAUUGAAUACUGUUUGUGCAAUCUUAUCAACACAAUUUAAACAUGAAUAUGUACAGGAUAAUUCUCUUUCAUCUUCUUCUCCUACUUCUUGUCUGCCUCUUCAUCAUAAACAACAUAAUGAUAAUAAGAAUAGCGAUUCUUUACAUCUAUUUCGACGAAUGUGUAUGGGUGUAGUGGAUUUAAGUCAAAUUGGUACUAGUUUCACAUCUGAUUUAAACCAUACUACUAAUAAUAACAAUAGUAACAAUGAUUCGAGUAAUGUUAAUUGUGAACGAUGUAAUUCGAUUACCAGUGGAGGAUUGAUUUCAUCAUUGAAAAUCAUGGAGUCUAUUGAUUGGGCAAUGUGUUUAGAAUCGAGUAAAUUCGAUAUGGACAAUGAAUUUGAUAAUCACAACAACAAUGAUGAUAAUAAUGUAUUCCAAUCUGAUUUUGAUGAAUCACCUUCAUAUUAUACCACUAAUAAUAUUAGCAGUAAUAAUAAACUGCCAACUAUCGAUUCGAUUUGCGACCUAUUAGCACCAUAUGUUUUCAGAGAUGGAGAUUUGGGCUGGCAAGCCAGAGAUUCGCUAUUAUUGAUUGCAGCAUAUUCAUUAAGAGAUGAAGAAUUUAGUCAUAGUAUUGCUAAAUAUUCAUCAAUUUGUGCGGUAAUUGCCACUGGUCUGGGAAUAUUGUAUACAGCUUUACCUCAUCGUUUAGUAAAUAAUAACUCACCAGAAACUUGGCCAUUACUUAUUCGAACAUUGAAUACUAAUCAAUUAGCAAAUGCACGUUUCAAUGAAUUUCUGGAUGCAUUGGAUUUUUGCCGUUCUUUACUUGAGAUUGCUCAUCCCCUGAUACAAUCAUGUCUUUUGCACUGUAUACAUGCUAUCUUCUUUGUUUCUAUCAUUGGUCCAGCGUUAACACAGAAAGCUCCUGAAGAUGUUAUCACAGCUACUGUCUACCUGGAACAAUUUAUCAUUCAUACUGUAGGCUCUUCAUUACUUCCCAUAUUAUUGCGAUUUCUAUUAAUGAAACUACCUUCAACCAUUAUAUUUGAUACCAAUUCACAAAUGAAUCAAAUGACUACAAGUACGUCAACAACACCCGAAGGAAUUAAUUCUAUUGGUUCUUGUCAGUCGUCCUCUGUCGAGGCUACGCUUAAAGAUGAUGAUAAUAAUUCGCCUGUAUUUUCACCUGAAUCUUGUGAUGGUCCAUCAUUAUUCGGUGAGAAUCAAUUUAUCACUUCUAAUAGUAUAACUUAUAUGGAUUUGAUAAUUGCUCGUAUACAUCAGUGUAAUAGUUUACUCGGUAUCACAACCAUGUCGUUGAUGAACACCAUUAUCGACCUACAUUGUGAAGAUAUCAUGUUCGUCCUUGUAUUAAAGCAUUUAAUUUCAGUUAGAGAUCAUUUAUUCAAUAUCGGAUGGACAUGGCCAGAUCCUAGUAGUGUAACUGAUGCAUCAACAAAACUACUUAAUUUAUCCUCCUCAUCAUCGUCUUUGAGAUUUAAUCUAGAUUCAGCCAGAUUUAAUGCAACAAGAGAUGAAAGUAUUAUUCAUCAUUCAAAUAGUUAUCAUUAUCAUCAGCAUGAACAAAAUCGACAACGCCAACCAAAUCAUCGCAAUAAUACUGUAGCUCAAUUAGAUAUUGAUAAUGUGGAGGAGUUUAACUACUCUUCAGAUCAAUCAUUGUCUAAAGAGUUACACAAUAAGGAUGAAGGACUUGAAGUUUUAGCCUCUAAAAAUGAACCAUUUGUUAUGCAAAUAAAUAAUCUUCCAGUUGGUAGUCAAUUCUUAGCAAGUCAUUUAUUAAUUCCUCAUGCAGAAUUAACAGCGAAUUCAUCAUUAAUUUUUAAUAAUUAUUAUCAAAAUGAUUUUCAAUUGACUAAUAAACAAGAUUGUAACAAACAUACUUCACUUCAUAUUAAUAACAAUAAUAACACUACUGUUAAUAUCAAUAAUGAACUUACACAACAAACAUCUCUUACAGAAUUAUCUUCUAAUCAUUCUUCUCCUACACCACCAUCUUCAAUUUCUUCUAUGUAUAAUAAUGAUACAACAAUGAAUUCAUCAAAUUCCAUGCUUGAUUGGUUAUCUUACACAUCAUGGGCUCAUCAAACUAUUAAAAUACGUAAACAUGCUUGUAAAACAUGGCAGUUAACAUUUGAUGCAAAUCAACCAACUAAUGAACAAAUUAAUUUAUUAAAUGAAAAUUUAAAGAAUUUACAAAUGACUGAGAAAGAGAGUACAACACAUUAUGAAAAAACACGUAAAUUCUCUGAAUAUGAUUGUCGUAUCGGUUUAGAUCCGUAUAAAAUUUACACAGAGUAUAAAUGUUUUAUUAAUAGAAAUUGUUAUACAAAUCGUGAUCUGGAAAUAAAUGCUAAUGAAUUACAUGCGAAAGCAUUGUGUAACGCAGCGACAAAAUUGAAUAUUGACACAGAUCUUGAUUUAGAUGGAUCGGAAAAUUUAGAUGAUUGUCCUCCGGUUGCUGAAAGUGAUCAAUAUACAGAUCAAUCAAAACAGAAACAACAAACGUAUCAUGAGAAAUUAUUUUCUAAUCAACAAAUUCAUAAAAGUGUGUCUGUAAGAAAUCCUAUAUGUAUGUCCCGUUCCAUUGAUCAUAAUCUCUGUACAUGUUUUAAGAAACCUAAAGAAUCCUUUGAAAAUUCAACUGAGACAUCCAUUCAUACGAAAUUAUAUGACAAAUCUCUAAUUAAAUCAUGGUAUUAUCUUAAUUUCCUGGAUUCAUUCGAUAUUAACGAACAGGUGAAUGUACAUAACCCUUUUAACAAUGUUAUCGAUACUACUAAUAUUGAAGAGAAUAGUAAAAUUCAACAAGAGGAAACGCAUCCGCAAUCAUUAGUAGGUGGUCCAUCAGAGUACCCGGAACAAACUUUACACAAUGAAGAAUAUAUAACAAGUUUUAUGAAUUCUAACAGUAACAAUAAUUGUUAUUAUAGUGAAGACAAAUCUUGUGAAUUAAAUAAAUUUAUUAAAAAACUAGAGAAUUUUUCACCUGAACAUUUGAUGACUAACUUUAACAUACUGGAUGAAAGACAAGAACAGUUAAAAUUUGAUAAAAAGUAUUUUAGAAAUACCAACAACAUUGGUCGAUGUAAUAGUUUAUCCAGUUUACAUAAUUUUGUAGAUGAAUCAUGUCAGUAUUUUGAUAAAUUAUUUGGUCGAUUAAAAGCACCUAGUCUACAAAUAUUACCCAACCAAGUAAAUAAUCAUGAACUGGAAUUGUUUGAUAUACCUUUAACUGAAACAUAUCCAAUGUGUACACCUCAGAAAAGUACAUCAGCAUAUUCGACAAAGGGAUUUUCCGAUUUGCAGUUAGACAAGAGCUGUAAUAAAAUAACUCAAAGAGCGAAAUCUUUAACUAGGGAUGAACUUCACAGCAAUACUACUACUACUACUACUACUACUACUACUACCAAUAAUAAUCAUAAUCGUGAUCGUCAUCAUCAUCAACACCGUGAUAAUUACUGUGAAAUGGGUUUUAAUCAUGGUUCAUUAAAUAACCUUAUACAAACUCGUUUAAUGAAUGAUUCAAACAGUCAUGAUAAUUUUAAUAGUCCAUGUUCAUUAGUUUUAAUGUCAUCAACGGAUACCAAAGAAAAAGUUAAAGAGAUGAAUAGAGAUUAUUUAAUAAAUUAUAAUCAAUGUCAUUUAUCUCCAUCAAGAGUACAAAUGAAUUGUCCUUAUAAAAAAUCAAGUAUUUCUACAAUCUCAUCAACAACAUCAGGUGUUUAUUUAGAAACAAUACGACCAAAUUUAUCACAAAAUCCUUAUAAUAAUAAAUCAUUAGGAUAUAAUGAUAUUGAUUUGAAUGUUGAUCAUAAUCAUAAUAAUAAUACUGGUACUAAUACUACUGAUUUUAAUACUACUCAUAAAAACUCUAUGGAUUCGUGCACAAAUUAUCCAAAUUUAGGUCCAUUUUUAACCACUUUAUUCAAUCGCUUAGAAAAUUUCACCAAUAAUUGUUUUUAUGCUAAUCUCUAUUUAACUAACCUAAUAUCUAGUCUUGCCUCUUAUCCUAUACCAUUAUUACGAGCUAUUCUGUUCCUAACAAAUACAACACAAUUUGCACAAUCUAUGGCGGCGGCGGCGGCGACAACAAAUUCACAACAUUUCAAUACUCAAACCUUUAGAGCCAUAAACGAUAAUGUUCUUUAUUAUUUACCAUAUAAUAUCUUAUGUUUAAUUAAAGAACAAAUUGAACUAUUCACUGUAUUGUAUACUAGACAAGUUAAAUAUUUCGGAUCUUUGGAUACAUUGAAUGGUUAUAGUUUUGACGAAUUAAAACAAGAAGCACGUCGUUAUUUAAACUGUGAGACAAUUGAUUUAUCUAAAUUAUCAAUAUCAAUGGAUACAUCAACAAUACCUUUAGGAGUAGAGAAAAAAAAGAAAAAAUUAAAAAGUACAAAUAUUUCGCAUAAAGAAUCAAAAACUUUCACGACAGAUAAACAAAAUAUAUCACCUAUGAUGAAUUCGAAUAGACGGUCAUAUUUCCGGAAAUGGUUUAGCCUUUCUUCCAAAUCUAAUAAUAAUAAUAACAAGAACUCCGAUAUUAUCAAUACUUCUGGGAACAAUCUUAAAAAUACUAAAAGCACAAUUAAAAAUCGUCUUAAAUCUUCUAACACUAAUGUAUUAAAUCCAAAAGAUUUACUUGACUUCUCACAAAUUCUACAAAAACCAAUGACAGAGUUUACUUUUCUAAUCGACCUGGACAGCAAUUAUCAACAGUUAAUUAAUAUUUUGUCUGACCAGGAGGCUACUACUAUUAGGGGUAGUAGUAGUAGUAAUGGUAACAAUGCUCAAAAACGUCGAAGAAGUUUUCGAUUGUCCACAAUAAAACGGCUAAAAACCAAUGUAAACACGGAAGAUAGAAUAAUGUCAAUGAUGAUGAUGAAUACGGAAAAUUCAAUACUUGAUAUAUCUAGAAUACAAAGAAUGGUAUUAUGUGCAGUUAUAUUUGAAGAUUUUUGUAAAGAAUUAGCUGCUAUCUGUACAGAACACAGUGUUCAAUGGUGAUAACCACCUCUUCUUCUCUUACUAUCAUCAUCUUGUCUUCUCUAUAUUUUUUGUGAACAUACAUACAUUCACUUACACCUUUAUGUACCUUUUCUUUUAAUGAUCCAACCUUAUUUUUCACUGAUAUUUCCACGUUAUUUAUGUGUGUGUGUGUGUGUGUAUUUUUUUGUACUUACCUUAAAUAUGUUUACAAUUAAGAAAAUCCUACCUGUUUUGUUUUUCUAAAAAGUUGUUGUUUUUGGAAUUAGAUCAAUGUCUAUUAUUUUUUGAAUCGAGGAUGACAAUUUUCUAAAAAAAUAAUAUGUGACUGUAGAAAACAUAAUUUUCUAUGGAAAAGGAGAUGUAUGAUCGUAAUUGUCUUUCACUGACUAUAUGUGAUUAUUAUUAUUAUUGUGUAUUUGUAAAGAAUGGUAAACGGGGAAACUGUAAUACGCAUAUCAACAGAGGUAAAAAGUUUUUUUAUAUAUUGAUAUAUGUUUACACUUAUAAAUAUUGAUUUUUCAAGAAAUACACAGUCAUAACAUUAUUGUGUCUUCUUACUUUUUUUUUAUUCAUUACACCAUGACGAAUUUAUUUAUUGUGCUGGUUUAUCCUAUUACGUUUUUUUUGUUUGUUUGGUUUGUUUCUUGUUGUUUUUGUUUUCUUUUUUUCCUAAUAAGAUUUCAUAAAUCAAUUUGUCUUUUGUUUAACAUAAAUAAUUUGUUACUUAACACUCUUGUGCAAUCCAAUUCUCUUAUCUUAUGUUAAUAAUAAUCUGACAGCUGGUUUACUUUGAAAUAAAUAUUUUGAAUGAGCAC